ACCUGUUGGACCACCGCACUUGGCGUUCAGCCUGGCAAGCAGAGAACAAGGAUCCCAACCACGCAGAGGAUGUGGCUGGUGUUGCUGGUUCUGGCCUUGGCCGCCCACGGGGAGCUCGUGUUGGCCUUGCAGUGCUACACCUGUCAUGAACCCACGGGCGUAGCCAGCUGCAUCGUCAUCUCCGAAUGCAAUGCCAACGAAACCAUGUGCAAGACCACGCUGUACUCCUUGGAGAUUGUGUUCCCCUUCCUGGGGGACUCCACAGUGACCAAGUCCUGCUCCAGCAAGUGUGAGCCCUCGGAUGUGGAUGGCAUCGGACAGACCCGACCUGUUUCCUGCUGCAAUACUGACCUGUGCAACGUGGACAGGGCACCUGCCCUGAGUGGUGCUCACAGCCUGGCCCUUGCCUUUGCCCUUUCUGUUGCCCACCUCAUGGGCCUUGAGCUCUAAGCCAGCCUGCACCACUGCCUCCCACCCCACCC